AUGGUGAAGCCUACUUUCAUCGCGGCAUUUGCCGCUCUCACCACGGCCAAAAUCGCCCCCAGCGUCCACCGCCACUUGGAAUCCAAUGAGGACGUGGACGUCGUGAUUGAAUUCCAAGGAGGCAACCAGCGCGCCCUGGAAGCCGUCCGUCUUGAGCGGGCUAGCUUCAACGAUCGCGGCGCCCGCAUCGCCCAUGUUCGGUCGCUCUUGGAGAGCAACAUGGAGACGUCCCAGCGCGCGGCAGUGGAGCUGCUGUCGUCGCAGCCCGAAGCCUUCACGACCCGCGUCGAGAGCUUCUACAUCAACGGCAACAUGCACGUGUACGGCGCCAACCGCAUCGUGCUGGACGAACUCGCCAAGUUGGACAACGUGGCUCACAUUCGACAACCUGUCACGGCGCAACUCAGUCCCGUCAUUUUCGACGACGACGAGGGCUCUGCUGAGGGGAUUCCUCAAGGAUGGGGUGAGAACAACGUGACCUCCACGCGCGCCGCGAACGAAUGGGGGGUCAACCUCAUCGGCACUCCUGCGGUAUGGGCUAAAGGUAACCGUGGCCAAGGCAUCGUGGUGGGAAUUUUGGACACUGGCGCCAUCCAUACCCACGACGACCUGAAGGGCAACUGGCGAUCGACCUACGGCUGGUUCGACCCCACCGACAAGUCCCGCACCCCCAUCGACACGAACGGCCAUGGUACCCACGUCGCGGGUUCAGCUGUUGGCCAAAACGGCAUCGGGGUAGCCCCCGGAGCCAUGUGGAUUGCUUGCCGCGGGUGCACCACCGCCAAAUGCCCUGAAGCGGCGCUCAUUGGAUGUGCGCAAUGGAUGCUGUGUCCCACGGACGCGACCGGCAAAAACCCCAAGUGUGAACUGGCGCCCCACGUGAUUAACAACAGUUGGGGAAGCGAAAUGAAUUCCAACACUUACCAAGCCGUCGUAAACGCAUGGCGCACUGCUGGCAUUAUCCCCGUGUUUGCCAACGGCAACUCUGGUCCUAAAUGUUCAACAAAGUGGACUCCAGCGGAUUACAAGACUGUCAUUGGGGUGGGUAACCUGGGCAUCGACGACAAGCUGUCAUCCACAAGCAGUCGCGGGCCAGCCGCAGACGGUCGAAUCAAGCCCGAUGUGUCGGCGCCUGGUAACAGGGUUCGUUCGGCGUGGAACACUGGCAACUCAGCCUACAACACCAUCUCGGGUACGUCCAUGGCGUCUCCCCACGUCGCUGGUGCCAUUGCCCUCUACUUGUCUGCCAAUAAGGGCGCCAAGUACGAUCAAGUGUACAAGGCGUUCACGACCACUGUGGACACCAAGACUUUGACUCCAAGCAGCCAGAACUGUGGGGGGGUGUCGGAUUCCAAGUACCCCAACAACAACUACGGAUUCGGUCGCAUCAACGUCGCUCGUGCGACUGGCGGUGGCGCCAGACCCCCUUCCCCGUCGAAGGCCCGCACGGCAGCGGUUGCAACCCCCCGUCUGUUCCCUUCUUCCCCUCUGGCGAUGUGCAAUGGCUGCAGUGGGUGCUAUUCUCCUCUGAUCAGCUACUGCUUUCCUUCGGAGUACAGUAAUGCUCAAUGUGCCGCGUUCACCGACUUGAAGACUGUCUGGUGCGGCAAAAUCUAA